GCCGCGAUGCUGCAGCUGCGGGACGCGGACGAGUCCGGCCCGGCCGGCGGCCCCGGCAGCCCCGGCAGCCCCGGGGCCGCCACGCUGGUGCCGGGGGGAGCCGGGCCGCCCUUCGAGCCCGCGGCACCGCCGGCCCGGCAGACGCUGCGGCCGCUCAGCGUGCGCACCGCGGGCCGCGCCGGCCGCCUCCGCCAGUACUUCGUGUUCCGGCCCGGCACCAUCGAGCAGGCGGUGAGCGAGAUCCGCGUGGUCGUGCUGCCCGCAGAGGACGGGGAGGUGCAGAGCGUGUGGCUGCUCACCGAAAUCGAUCACUGGAACAACGAGAAGGAGCGCCUUGUCCUCAUCACAGACUGGUCCCUCCUGGUCUGCAAGUACAACUUCAUCAGCCUGCAGUGCCAGCACGUCACCAGGAUUGCCCUCAGUGCCGUGGACACCAUCUCUGUCGGGGAGUUUGUGUUCCCACCCAAAUCUCUCAACAAGAGGGAAGGCGUCGGUAUCCGCAUCCAGUGGGACAAGCAAAGCCGAGCCUCCUUCAUCAACAGGUGGAACCCCUGGUCCACCAACAUCCCCUACGUGACCUUCACCGAGCACCCCAUGGCUGAUGCUGACGAGAAGAUCUCGUCCCUGUGCCGGCUGGAAAACUUUCAAACCCAGCUGAUCCAGGCUGUGAAGAAAGCCCACAAGGAGGGCCCAGUGCCAGGAAGUGCUAAUGGGGUGUUGGUGCUGGAGCGGCCCAUCCUCAUCGAGACCUACCUGGGACUCAUGUCCUUCAUCAACAACGAGGCCAAGCUGGGCUACUCCAUGACAAGAGGCAAAAUUGGAUUUUAAACCCCCUUGUGUGUCACCUGUUCAAGGGCAAGUGAGUUGGGGAGAGGGUGCUGAGGGCAGAGCACGUGAUAAAGUUGCCAGGGGAAGGAAAAGAAAAGAAAGGAAGGGAAAGGGGGACGUUGUAGGACAGUUCCCAAAUUGUUUGGGGAAUGCACAGGCUGGAUUUGAAGCAGACACAGGGUGGUGCCAGCCUUGUAUUUUGUACCUGAUUUACAGCCCUCACUGGUCCUUAUGCAGGGUGAAUGAGCCGUGGUGUGUUCUGUGUCCCAGAGCCUGCUCUUCCCAGUCCAUCAAGUGCCACUGGAACCUGCUGAAACCCCAGAGCACAGCAGAACCUUGGUGCCAUUGGAACCUGCUGGAACCCCCAGUUGGUGCCACUGAACCUGCUGAAACCCCCAGAGCACAGCAGGACCUUGGUGCCACAGCCCUGCUGGAUCCCUGUGUACGCUGUCAAAUCCUGUCGUGUGCUUGGGACUCCCUUGUGUUGUUUAAGAGGAAUUGCUGUUCCAAUCACCAUGAUCUCAGAGCUCUGAUUAAUGCCUGUUAGGAAUUUUCAAAGCUGUCAGUCAGUCUUUAGCAGUAUUUGCUAGCUUUUGCUAAAGCUGCCACUGUUCCACCUGCUCAGCAGCAGUUUGUGAACUCAAUAUGCAUUUCUGAGCUUCUUGUAAAAAUCCCUUUAAGAACUUACUGGAACUUCCUCUCUACUUCUGUUUCUUUGCUGCAGCCACAGAAUAAAGACUGUUGUGAGAGAACGUUGCCAAAAGCCUCACAAACACAUUUGCCUUCAAAGCUGUUCUUUGUAGAACUGAAAAGGAAUUCUAUUUUGGUUAGAUUGAUACUCUUAGCCAUUUUUCUUAAAUCUACUCUAGUUUGGGCCAGGACUUUUUAAUGGAGACAGAGAAAACUUUCAGCACUGUGUGUCAGCCUUGAUUCAUACAUUCCUGCACUGAACCUCUCAUCCAGGGAUGAAAUUCAGGAGAGAUUACAGCUGUAAUUGCUCAGGAGGUGACUCUAACAAGCUUUUUCCUUGUGCAUGACCUUCUCUCCAUGCUCUUUCCCCAGAGCUGGAUGAACACUGUGCCACAGUGGUUUUGAUCUUAAUGUAGGUGAGUGUUUGUGAAACUCCUGUUGCAGUCAGUCCUGACUCCAGCUUUCCAAGCUUCUCCAUGCGUUUUCUAAGUUACCUGUUCAAUUUUCAUUAACCUUGCAGUAAAGUUAAAAUUUCAACUCUUA